CCCCCGGCCGGCAGGGGGAGCCGCGCCGCCGCCCCUGCCGCGCCGCCCCGAGUCGGGCUCAAAGUUUGUGAGGCGGAGCCCCGGCGGGAUCGCCGCGGCCCCGGAGCGCCAUGCCCGUCAGGAAGCAAGAUACCCAGCGAGCCCUGCGCCUCCUGGAGGAAUACCGCUCCAAGCUGAGCCAGGCGGAGGACCGGCAGCUGCGAAACUCCAUUGAGCGUGUCAUCAGCAUCUUCCAAAGUAACCUUUUUCAGGCUUUGAUAGAUAUUCAAGAGUUUUACGAAGUGACCUUAUUGGACAACCCAAAAUGCAUUGAUCACUCACAGCCAUCUGAACCAAUACAGCCUGUGAAUACCUGGGACUUCUCUAGCCUUCCAAGCACAACAGUCACAUCAGAAACACUGCCGAGCAGCCUUAGCCCAAGUGUAGAGAAAUACCGCUACCAGGAUGACGAUACACCUCCACAAGAGCACAGCUCUCCGCACAUUGCCAAUGAGGUGACGGGUCCAGAGCUGGUUCAUGUAUCAGAGAAGAAUCUGUCACAGAUCGAGAAUGUUCAUGGAUUUGUUUCCCAUUCUCACAUUUCACCAGUAAAGCCCACAGAAGCUGUUCCUUCCUCUUCUCCCACUGUCCCUGUGAUCCCUGUCCCACCAGUCCCUGCUGAGACCACUGUCAUCCCAUCCACCAUACCACAGGCAAAUCCCCCUCCAGUGCUGGUGAAUACAGAUUCUUUGGAGACUCCAACAUAUGUUAAUGGCACAGAUGCAGAUUAUGAGUAUGAAGAAAUUACUCUUGAAAGGGGAAAUUCAGGACUUGGCUUUAGCAUUGCAGGUGGUACAGACAACCCACAUAUUGGGGAUGAUUCAAGUAUUUUCAUUACAAAAAUUAUAGCCGGGGGUGCAGCUGCCCAGGAUGGAAGAUUACGGGUUAAUGAUUGUAUUCUACGGGUAAAUGAGGUGGAUGUUCGUGAUGUGACACACAGCAAAGCAGUUGAAGCGUUGAAAGAAGCGGGAUCAAUUGUACGAUUGUAUGUCAAAAGAAGAAAACCAGUCACAGAAAAAAUAGUGGAAAUCAAACUUGUAAAAGGCCCCAAAGGUCUUGGUUUCAGUAUUGCUGGUGGUGUAGGAAAUCAGCAUAUACCUGGAGACAACAGCAUCUAUGUAACUAAAAUCAUUGAAGGUGGGGCAGCACAUAAAGAUGGCAAACUUCAGAUUGGAGACAAACUUCUAGCUGUGAACAGUGUCUGCUUGGAAGAAGUUACUCAUGAAGAAGCAGUGACUGCCUUAAAAAACACAUCUGACUUUGUUUAUCUGAAAGUUGCAAAACCUACUAGCAUGUUCAUGAAUGACAGUUAUGCCCCUCCUGACAUCACAAACUCUUAUUCUCAACCAGUGGAUAACCAUAUCGCUCAGUCUGCCUACCUGGGACAGUCCCUGCCUCCAGCAUCACCAGGGCGAUAUUCCCCGAUUCCCAAGGGAAUGCUUGGUGAUGAUGAGAUUACCAGGGAGCCUAGAAAGGUUGUCCUACAUCGAGGAUCAACAGGUCUUGGUUUCAACAUUGUUGGAGGAGAAGAUGGAGAAGGAAUUUUCAUCUCUUUCAUCCUUGCAGGAGGGCCAGCUGACCUGAGUGGAGAGCUUAGGAAAGGAGAUCGUAUAAUUUCUGUAAAUGGAGUAGAUCUAAAAGCAGCAACCCAUGAACAGGCAGCAGCAGCCCUGAAGAACGCAGGCCAAGCAGUAACUAUUGUAGCUCAGUACCGUCCAGAAGAAUACAGUCGUUUUGAAGCUAAAAUACAUGAUUUACGGGAACAGAUGAUGAACAGUAGCAUUAGUUCAGGAUCAGGAUCUUUGCGAACCAGCCAGAAGAGAUCCCUCUAUGUCAGAGCUCUUUUUGAUUAUGAUAAGACUAAAGAUAGCGGCCUUCCAAGUCAAGGAUUGAACUUCAAAUUUGGCGACAUUCUGCAUGUCAUUAAUGCUUCUGAUGAUGAGUGGUGGCAAGCACGGCAGGUAACUCCAGAUGGAGAAAGUGAUGAAAUUGGAGUUAUCCCAAGCAAACGCAGAGUUGAGAAAAAAGAACGAGCCCGUUUAAAGACGGUGAAAUUCAAUUCAAAAACAAGAGGAGAUAAAGGGCAGUCAUUCAAUGACAAGCGUAAAAAGAACCUCUUUUCCCGAAAAUUUCCCUUCUACAAGAACAAGGACCAGAGUGAGCAGGAAACCAGUGAUAUUGACCAGCAUGUAACCUCUAAUGCCAGCGAUAGUGAAAGUAGUUACCGUGGCCAAGAGGAAUAUGUCUUGUCAUAUGAACCAGUCAAUCAACAAGAAGUCAGUUACACUCGACCUGUGAUUGUUUUGGGACCCAUGAAAGACAGAAUAAAUGAUGAUCUGAUCUCAGAAUUUCCAGACAAAUUUGGCUCAUGUGUUCCACAUACUACUAGACCAAAACGAGAUUAUGAGGUGGAUGGACGUGAUUACCAUUUUGUCACUUCUCGAGAGCAAAUGGAGAAGGAUAUUCAAGAUCACAAAUUCAUUGAAGCUGGACAGUACAACAACCAUCUUUAUGGAACAAGUGUCCAAUCAGUGCGAGAAGUAGCAGAAAAGGGUAAGCAUUGCAUUCUUGACGUUUCUGGUAACGCCAUCAAAAGGUUGCAGAUUGCCCAGCUGUACCCAAUCUCCAUUUUUAUUAAACCCAAAACAGUGGAAAAUAUCAUGGAAAUGAAUAAACGCUUAACGGAAGAGCAAGCCAGGAAGACAUUUGAGAGAGCCAUGAAACUGGAGCAAGAGUUUACUGAACACUUCACAGCUAUUGUCCAAGGAGACACGCUGGAAGAAGUCUACAACCAAGUGAAACAGAUCAUAGAGGAACAGUCUGGCCCUUACAUCUGGGUUCCAGCAAAGGAAAAAUUAUGAAAACAGAUUUUUAUUUUCCAUUUUCUAACUGACAUCACCUACUACAUCUGACGACUCUUAAGCCCUUCCAGUGGAGCCUGCCUCUAGCUUUCCAGCGUGGUUCAUACCCUAACCAUCACAUUCUGCAGUUCCCAUAAUGCUUUACAUUUGGUGUCUCUCUUAGUUUAAAUAAUUUGUAUUACUGUGUGUUGUUGGUUUGCCAUUUUUCAAACAUGGCAGUGGAAUGGCCUGACCAGCUAUUAGUUUGGG